CGGGCGCCGCUGGUUCGUGGAGCACCAGCGGCCGCCGCAGCGGCUCUUCCUUCGCUGCUGCCAUGUCCGCCCUGGGCAAAGCCUCCGGCGCACUCAAAUCCGUGGAUUACGAAGUGUUCGGGCGGGUGCAAGGUGUUUGUUUCAGGAUGUACACAGAACAGGAAGCGAAGAAAUUAGGAGUGGUUGGCUGGGUUAAAAAUACCAGCCAAGGAACUGUGACAGGCCAAGUUCAGGGCCCAGAAGAGAAAGUGAAUGAAAUGAAAUCCUGGCUGAGCAAAGUUGGAAGCCCAAGUUCCCGCAUUGAUAAAACAAGUUUUUCCAACGAAAAGGAGAUCUCGAAGCUUGACUUCUCGGAUUUCAACACUAGAUACUAACAGGAGGGCACCUCUCUAAGCACAAAACUCUGACAUUUCUGCUGCAUGUUAUUUUCUGUGCCUCUAUCAAAUGUCACAAGAGCAUUGAAAUACUUUGUACUAGGGAUGAACAUAAAUGCUCCAUGUUCCCACCAAAUAAGAAUUCCUGAUUGCUGUGUUAGACAUCUUACCAUGAAUGUCAACAUUUAGUGUCUAAAAUGCCAAUAUCUAUUUUAUUGCAGCUUUGAAAGACAGAUAAAAGCUUAGAAGUGCUGGUGAUAAUUUGUGCACAAUGAGACUUGUUACAUACAACCAGAUGGUACCUAAUCUUUACACUGUGAGUCAUAUUUAGAUGAAAAAUAAUAAAUUUAUAUUCUAGUGUUUGUAAUUCACCAAAAAUACAUAACUGCAGAACUGGAACACUAGAGAGUUCUCUGUAACAAGUCUGUUAUAGACCAGGCUCUUUGCGAUAAUUAAUAAUGUUGUAGUGGUAAUUUAAAAUAAAUAUGUUGUUUCAAUCUGGGAUUAUCUAACCAGCUCUGGUUUAAAAUUUUCCAUUAUAAUUCACAUAAAUCUUGUUCCAACGUGAUGAAAUGUGUGGUCUCUCACCCUGUUUUUUCCUUGUCAACCUGUAUCUUACAUCCAUGCUGACUAUAAAGAACAUUUAAAUCUC